GCUGUAAUUACUGCUUUAGAAAUAAUGUCUUUGUAGGUAUAUGUUAAUCUAUUUUCUAAUUGAGUGGAUCAAUUUGGGUGUUAGUUUGUAACUGCUCUGUCAUCGUUAUUAGUUUUUUGCCUGUUAUAUUUGUCUAUAUCAUGUAUCAAGGUCUUAAUUAUUACUAUUUUUGCUUGCGAUUUUACAAGUCAUUUAUUACAUCGAUCUUCUAAAAAUCAAUUAUUAUAUAAAAAACGUUUGUUUGGUAAUCACAAUAUAUUUUAACCAAUAUUUUUCAUGCUUACUCAGGAUAUUAUUAUUCAUUCAUACCACAGUACGUGGACGAAGACGGUAAUUAUAUUUGCUAAUCCGUAAAUGUUUAUAAAUUUGUGAAUUCUGCCAUAAAAAUUAAAAAAAAAUUGAUGUAUGUUGUUGUUCUUGCAUUAUAAUGUAGGUAUACUAUAAAAGGCGCAUGUGGAAUGCAUUUUUAGUGAUAUUUUGUGUGGAAUGUUCUUGACUUUUGGGUUUUCUUUUAAAAGAAUCUGCUCCACCACGUCCACCACCACCUAUGGAGGACGGGAUUGCCCCAAUGAGGCCACCACCACCAGAAACUGACGAUGAAGAUGAUGUUUUCAAACAUGCCCCAAGUUCUAGUCAACCAAUUAUGGUUGCUGCCCAUAAUUUGCAUAGAGAAGUAAGGCAGUGGUCUGCCAAAGAUAACGAACUUAUAGCAGCUGCUAGGAAAAUGGCCCUGCUUAUGGCCAGAUUGUCCGAACUCGUUCACAAUGACGAUAAGGGUAGCAAGAGGGAACUAAUAGCAACGGCCAAAGCCAUAGCAGAAGCGAGUGCUGAUGUAACAAGAAUCGCCAAACAGCUUGCUCGAGAAUGCACGGACAAAAGGAUCAGGACUAAUCUCCUUCAAGUUUGUGAACGUAUUCCUACAAUUGCAACCCAGCUGAAAAUUUUGAGUACCGUUAAAGCCACUAUGUUGGGAGCCCAGGGUGAGUUUUUAAAUAAAUCUUUAUUGUAUGUGCUUGUAUAAAUUAAGGAAUUAAUUAGAUAUUAAUUAUUUCCUUAAGUUCACUCACAGCGUCUUCAUUU